AUGCGAAUACGUUACGGCAUUGACUUGGAUUCAUUUUCUCCGUUUGAGCCGACAGAGGGUGAGGGGAGCCGAAAAGAAAUAGAGGGUUUAGGUGGUUUAGGGGUGUUGCCGGGUAUCGAACCCGGGACCUCUCAUGGUAUUGGGUCUCCACUUGAUCUCUUAGAUAACGAAAAAGAUUCAGAAGAGUUACCCGGGUUCGAAUCCACGCACAGCAGAGCAUCGAGAAGUAUUAUACUUACAAGGCCUUUCAGGCUGCAGCAUCACCAGCAGCAGCAGCAGCAGCAGCAGCAGCAGCAAAAUAAAAAACCACAAAGACAAGUAUCAGCUAUGGAUAAAUUAUUUCCCUCCUUCUCAGAAUAUGAUGAUACUAAUAAAAGUACUAAUGCUGCCAAUAAAAAACACCUGCAGCAUCAGCAGCAGCAGCAGCAACAGCAGCAGCAGCAGCAGCAACACAGCAGGUUGUGGGGGUUCCGCAGCAGAUCGAGGCUCUCUGUACAUGAUGAAGCCUCAGUUGACUCUGUUGCUGCUGCUGCUUGGGGGGCCUCAAAGGACGUGAUGCCGCGGCUGCAGCCCCAGCAGCAGCAGCAGCAGCAGCAGCAGCAGCGGUUGCCGCAGCAGCAGCAGCAGUCAGAAGCGCCUGAAACUGAUGCUGCUGCUGCAGGCAGCAGCAGCGGUGAUGCACAGCAACAGCCGGACGAACAACAGCAGCAGCAACAGGAACCACAGCAGCAGCAACAGCAAGAAGAGGGGGAGCAGCAGCAGCAGCAGCAGCAAGAGCAAGAGCAAGGAGCGCAGCAGGAACCCAUGCAGCAGCAGCAGCAGCAUGAGACUGAACAGCAACAGCAGCAGCAAGAUGAACCCCCUCUUCAGCAGCAGGAAGGCCAGGAACAGCAACAAGAACAGCUGCAGCAGCAGGAAGAGCAGCAGCAGCAAGACACGCAACAGCAGGGAGAGCAGCAGCAGCUUGGGGGCGAGACAGGAAGCAGCAGUGAAACAGCAGAAGGCAACGCAGCCCCUGCAGCUGAGAACCCUACAACCGAUGCAGCAGCAGCAGCAGCAGCAGGAGCAGCAGGAGCAGGAGCAGCAGCAGCAGAUGCAGACGCAGGAGCGCAAGCUGACGGAGGAGCAGCAACAGGCGGAGGCGCAGCAGCAGCAGACACAGCAGCAACAGAAGCAGCAGCAGCGGAGACUGGAGCAGCAGCAGAAACAGGAGCAGCAGCAGCAGCAGCAGCAGCAGAGGCGGCAGUAGACACAGGAGCAGUAGCAGCAGCAACAGCAGACACAGGAGCAGCAGCAGCAACAGGAGCAGACGCUGCAGCAGCAGCAACAGCAGCAGCAGCAGACACAGCAGCAGCAGACACAGCAGCAGCAGCAGCAGCAGCUUUGCCGAUAGAAGAUUCGAUGACCCAGGCCACUGCUGAAGCUGCUGCUGACCUGCAGUCUCUGGUGGAGAGGGUGCCAGUAGCAGCAGCAGCACCAGCAGCAGCACCAGCACCAGCAGCAGCAGACGCAGCAGCGCCAGCAGCACCAGCAGCAGCAGCAGCAGACGCAGCAGCACCAGCAGCACCAGCACCAGCGGCAGCAGCGCCAGCAGCAACAGCAGCAGAAGCAGCAGCGCCAGCAGCAACAGCAGCAGCAGCACAGGAUAUGGGAAACCCGACGAGCCAGGCGGAGACAGCAGCAAAGACAGAUGAACAGCAGCAAGGAGGCAACGCCACCGAGCAGCAGCAGCAGCAGCAACAACAGCAACAGCAGCAGCAAGAACAGCAGCCAAUGCAGCAGCAACAACAACAGCAACCGCAGCAGGAACAGCAGCAACAACAACAACAACCGCAGCAAGAACAGCAGCAACAGCAGCAGCAACUGCAGCAAGAACAGCAGCAACAACCACAGCAACAGCCGCAGCAGCAGCAGCAACAACAACAGCAACAGCAGCAACAACCACAGCAACAGCAGCAGCCGCAGCUACAACAACAGCAACAGCAGCAAGAACAGCAGCAACAACAGCAGCAACAGCAGCAACAACAACAGCAACAGCAGCAAGAACAGCAGCAGCAGCAGCAGCAACAACAACAACAGCAGCAAGAGCAACAACAGCAGGCGCCGCAGCAACAGCAGCAGCAGCAACAGGAUCAGCAGCAACAACAACAACAGCAGGCGCCGCAGCAACAGCAGCAGCAGCUACAGGAUCAGCAGCAGCAGCAACAACAGCAGCAACAGCAGCAGCAGGAACAGCAGCAACAGCAACAGCAGCAGCAGCAGCAGCAAUAG